UAUUUCUACGUAAAAAAAGUAAAAAAAAGAGAAAAAGUUCGUUUUUUCAAGUGAAUUUCUUAAUUCCGUCAAAUAAUUGGAUCUCCGCUUUACCUGAUUUAAUCAAAGUUACACAUAUAAAUUUUGCUAAAUUUUACAAAACGGCGUUCAACCGAACAAAUUGAAAAUAAUAAUAAUUUCGUUUUUGCAUUGACAAUUUAAAGAAAAACUAACCACGCCAUAAAUCAACGUGAUAAUUAGUUCGAUAAUUAGUUACUAGUUAGUUAGAAUUUGUUCCCAGUAAUUACGCCAUUUUGUAUAAUUUAUCAACAUUAAUUGACUAAAAACUAGUACACGCAUUUCGAAAUAUAAGUUCCCCAUAUUUUGUUAUAAAUUACCAAAAUUUCCUCCAGUUUACAAAACAUCUCAUACAUUUAUGUAGCUCCCAAAAAACGGGGAAAAACUGGGUCAAUUCUUCCAAACCUCUAUUUAUAAACCCCUUAACGAUCCCGUAUAACAGAUGACUUAAGUCCCUUACACAACACCCCUAAAAUCUAAAACUUGUCCAUUUUCCAGGGGAAUGAAGGGGUAGCGAGAUACAAUUAACGCGAGUUACAUUGCAUCGCAUCCUGGUCUCGUCUCACGGAUAUUCCUGCAGCAGUCGGAUUCAAAAUUCGUAAAAUAUUUACGAACCAAACAACGAGCGGCACCAUUACACAUUUGACCAAGAUUUGCGCACCUCUCUCUGACCAAGAUUCGAAGUUACGCAUAAGGCAAAGUGCCGGAUGUGAGAACGAGAAGGAAAAUAAUUCGUUUGGAAACGUUGGGAAAUUUGGAGGAAAAUUUUGUGUGAAUCUUUGUGGUUAUAUUUUACUGGAUAAAGAACGAGAGACAGUUUUGUGAUCUGGGUCAAGUUUUUGAGUGGGUGGACGCAUUUUUCGGAUUUCGGAAGGAUCUCAUAUUUGCAAAAGGUUGGACAAGUCAUACAACAUGUUUCACUUAAGGAAUCUCUUGCUAUGCUGCGUCCUCGUAAUCACGGCGACUUUCACACAGACGGUGAAAGCUGAUGGAACGAAAGUCGCAGAGAAAGUGGAGUCUUCAUUAAGCGAGCGUGGGGAUGAAGGUCGUGCCGUUGGGGAUUCGACAUUUGAAAAGCGUCAGGGUUUCACAAUUGAAGAUGGCGAAGACCAGCUCGCCAUGGAAAGCCAAGUCGCUCCUGACCAAAUGGCGGUCGAAACUUCCGAUGUCAGAGAUCAAGUCGCCGUCGAAAGUGGACAUAAUGGACAAAUUCCCGUCCCCUAUCCGAUCAGAACCGUUCCCGGAACGAUAAUCCUUCCCAUGCCGCAGCAAAAUCAAAAUCAGCCCGGCCAAAACAAUUUUGCUAUUCCUCACCCACAAAUGCGAGCACCACCACCACACCACCAAUUCCAACAAGGCAAACAAGGUCAAAUCGUCUUCCACCCUCAACAGCAACAACAAAGCGGAUCCGGACCCCAGCCACAAUUCCUCCAGCAGCAAAACACCUUCCAACAACAACAACCACCACACCCACAAUUUCACCCCCAACAGCCACGCCACGUAACUCCGCAGCCAAUCAUCGUCUCCACACCGUCGGGAGAUGCAGUGAUUCAGAAAGCGACGGAAAUCAGUAUCUCCUCUGGAACUCGACAACAAAGUUCUGCCGAACAUUUCCGACAGCAUCAUCCAAGCGGAUUGGUGCCCCCGCUGCCACACCCACAAGCACAACAACAGCAGCAACAACAAGCAAGAUAUGUGCAACAACAAAACCAACAAUUGCAACCACAACACCGCGCUCCGGGCAUGUCGUCGGCAGAAAUUACGAAAAACAUUAUAAGGGAACUUUUCGAUAGAAAACCGCCAGGAAUGAAAGAUGGUCGCCCAAAUGGAGGAUUUUUCGGUCCUGGACAAUCUCAACCUAAAGUUUUGAACAAUCCAGUCCCACAACGGAUCGCGGGUGGAGGUUUGUUCACUUCCGGAAAAGAGGCCGCCCUCUCAACCAACGACCUUCACGCGGAAGGUGGUGACCUCGGGUUGCCCGUGCAAUAUGGUGUUGGUCCUCCCUCCAACGGAGGUGGAGGAGGUGACCCCUCUUGGCCAGCAGGACCGGAUGGCGAUACCCCAAAAAUCGUCUCACUCGAAGUCAAGUGUGAAAAGAAUGUGAUGCGGGUUUUUGUCGCUUUUGAUAAACCAUUUUUUGGGGUAAUCUUUUCUAAGGGUCACUACCACAACGUUGCCUGCAUCCACCUUCCUGCCGGUUUAGGCCAUACCUCUGCCAAUUUCGAUAUCAGUAUUGACUCAUGUGGAACUGGAGGCAAUACGGAGAACGGUCUUUACGGUUAUGGCGUUCAAUCCGGGUCGGGAUCCUACUUUGAGAACACGAUAGUUAUUCAAUACGACUCUCAAGUGCAAGAAGUUUGGGAUCAAGCUCGAAAACUAAGAUGCACGUGGCAUGACCAGUACGAAAAAUCCGUCACCUUCCGACCCUUUCCAGUUGAUAUGUUGGACGUCGUCAGGGCUGACUUCGCCGGAGAUAAUGUCGGAUGCUGGAUGCAAAUUCAAGUUGGAAAAGGACCCUGGGCCUCCGAAGUGUCCGGCCUUGUCAAAAUCGGCCAAACCAUGACCAUGGUCCUCGCCAUUAAAGACGACGACAACAAGUUCGACAUGAUGGUUCGAAACUGUCUCGCUCACGACGGUCAACGUGCCCCCAUCCAACUCGUCGACCAAUGGGGCUGCAUCACCCGACCCAAAUUAAUGUCACCCUUCACCAAGAUCAAAAAUUUCGGGGCAUCCGCCACCGUCCUAAGCUACGCACACUUCCAAGCCUUCAAAUUCCCCGAUAGUAUGGAAGUCCACUUCCAAUGCACCAUUCAAAUCUGUCGCCACCAAUGUCCCGAACAAUGCAGCCAAUCCGGAGCUGGAGGACCCGUAGGAAAAUCUGGCCUACCCGCCCCCGGAGAUCGCGAUGAUGACGACGACGCUGCCCGCAGACGUAGAAGACGCGCCGCCAACGAGACGGAAGAGCCAGAAAUUUUCGAAUAUCAGACCACAUUCAAGGCCGAUUUUAAGGAGGACGUCGGACUCAACAGGGUCAUCACGGUGGUCAGUCCGGACGAUCUGGAUUUCGGCGGAGACUCGGCGCAGGAUUCUGAGAGGAGCAGUAGCAACGAGGAGGGAGGCAGCAGCAGCAGUGGUGGCGUGCCCUUGGUGGAAAGCGGCAUUGGCGCAAGUGGAGAAUUAGUUUGCAUGUCGACGUUCGGUUUUGCAGCCAUGAUUACCCUGCUGAUAGGCUUGUUACUCGUAGCGUGUAUAAUUUCUGCAGUUAUUGUCAUUAAAAAGAGGCCGAGCAGGGGGAGGAAAGGAUUUUAGGAAAUUUUAUGAAAUUUUAAAUCAUUAUUUUGUGGAAUUUAGGGUAAAAUCCUCAAACUAAUCUGAAUUUAAUGUUUAAAAUAUGUGCAUAAUCUGUGAAAGUUGGUUUCGGCGAGGAACUGCAGCAUUUCGAAAAUCUUGUACUGAUUAGUGGAUAAGUAAUUAUUUUAGAGUUACGUAAAUUUACAUAAAUUUUUAUAUAUUUUGUAUAAUUUCUACUUGUUUUAAAGUAGUCGUGUCCAUUUCACUUCGUCCUAAAAGUUAUGACCGCGUGUGUAAUAAUAAGUAUGGCAAAAAACAUUGCAAAUUUUGUUUUAGCGUGUGCAUAAUUAGAAUAAACUAAUAAUAUUACGCAGACCACCUCAUCUUAAAUAGUAAAAUAUUACCUUAAAUACGUACGAAAUUCUAAUUGUUGUCACUUUCGUUAAGAUAUGUAAUGCUCUAUGUUUUACGUAGAAAAGAAACUUUAAUAACGAGCAAGUUUGCAAAUUUUCUGCAAAAUUGUAUCAAGAUUGUCUCGAUUUUUAUAUACACUAUAUAUAUUUUUUAGCAUAAAUCUAUCUUAUAUUUUCGUAUAUAGAUCCGUUGCUCAAAAAUAACUGGUUAACAUACAUAUUUAUUUUAUGAUGCUCUAAAAACCCAAUUUACAUAAGUAUACUUAAUUAAAUAAUUACGUAUGUAGAACAAUCCAAAUGCAGCAUAGUUAUUAUUGUAAUGCCAACUUUUAGUAAUUUAUUAUCAAGAAAGCAAACUUCUCCAAGUUUCAUAUUUUUUCUAAGAGGCAAAAAACUAGGAUUUUUAAUACUUUUUUUUUUACACAUUUAUAAACUUCAAGACAUUUACGUAUAUUGUCACGUAUACCAAAAACAAACCCAGGCAGAAGUACAUACUUGACUCCUUCCCAACUUGCGCCCAUGUUAUGUCAAGAAGUUUAGCUAUGGCGCAAGCUACCAAAGGGUGAAGUAUCUACAUACAUAAACACGUCAGACAUGAAAUAAAGAGCAAUAUGACAAAAAUGUGUCUAAUUUUUAAGAAAUCAUUACAGAAAUUACUUUUAUACAAAUCUCCGACGAAACCUUGUGAGCUCUAAUAAAAUAAAGUAAUUAUAGAAAAAAGUAUGAAAUAAAAUUGUAAAACUUUUAAGGAAAA